AUGUGGAUACUGGUUGGCGUACUUUUGUUAUGGUGGCUCGUACUCGGUUCUCUGUGGUUGCCUAUAGUUAAUAUCAACUACUCAGACUACUCCAUACGAAUACUACCUUAUUUAACUAACUUUGGCCAUGAUCAUAGCUCAAUCGAAAUCUUACAGAAUACUACAUUGUUAAUACCUGAGGCGGUAAAUUUCUCUUUUAGUGUCUCAACCCUCAACAUUUUGGGUGCCAAUCAGCGGCUGUAUAUUAUGCACACUGCGACCUCCCGACGGAAUACCCGAGGCCCAGCCAGGCCUAUAUUGGUUAUCUGGAUCGGUUAA